AAGCCGUCGCCGGCAUUUUCACGCUCUUCAAUUUUUAAUCAAUCAAUUCUCUAACCUGAUAUUUUAUCGCUACCCUCAAUAAUUUCCCCUUCAAAUGAUUGUCUAUUUCUGGCGAUUUGCAUAUAAAACUUGGCCACUAAAGUGAUUGAACACCUGGCAACCAUGUUAUCGACAUUCUUUGACGUUUCCAUGAUUUUUCGCUGACAGGUCAGUCCAAUUCGUGCUUACACUUUUCAUCGUGAUUUUCAUUUGAAUUUGUAAGACCCUUUUAAGCUUUUUAAACUAACUACAAGUAUAUGAGUCGAUAUUUUGGUGUGACUACGAUCAUCAGUAUCGUCCGUAGGUGAUCAUCACAAUUAAAUAUUUUUUUAAUUAAUCACAAUGUCCAAACCAGCUGGAUAUGACUCUCAUAGUGAGGGGCCAGGCUUUGUAGGGAUCAGGUUUUGCCAGGAAUGCAACAACAUGUUGUACCCCAAGGAAGACAAAGAAAAUAAGAUCCUACUGUAUGCCUGCAGAAAUUGUGACUACAAACAACAUGCAGACUCAAAAUGCAUUUAUGUCAACAAAAUUAUGCACGAAAUUGAUGAAUUGACCCAUAUUGUGCCUGAUGUGAUAUCUGACCCUACUCUACCUAGGACUGAAGAUCAUCAGUGCCCUGAGUGCAAUCAUAGAGAGGCAGUAUUUUUCCAAGCUCAAACCAGAAGAGCUGAAGAGGAGAUGAGAUUGUAUUAUGUCUGUACAAAUCCUCAUUGUGCACAUAGGUGGACCGAGUAAUCUUCUAUUUUUGAGGGUCUAUUGUACUUCAUAAUAUUCCAUAAGUAUUUUGUAAAUUGUCUUAUAUAAGGAUAGGAAUUCAAAACUAGCACUAAGAUUUUUUCAUUCUUUAUCAUUUAAUCCCUUGGACCCAGGACCAGUGUUGCCAGAGCGAAGUUUAAAAUAUCCGUCACACGUAUCGCAAAAUUCGGCUACAUGCCGCUAUGGUCUAAAAAUUUAAGGGGGGGGGGCUUAAAAUAAACAACAAAUAUAUUUUUUACGUAUUUACUUUUUUUUAAACACUGUCUAAAAACCCUACUAAAAAUACAAACAGUAACAUAAUAUAAUUGCAAUUUUUCGUAAAAACAUAAAAAGUAUACCUCUAAAAAAACAAAAAUGUCUGGUUUAGAAUUAGGAACUAAUAAAAAAAUAGAAACUAUCACCAAUAUCUUAAUCUUAAUAGAAAAAAAAAAACAAAAAAUAAGGACAAAGAAGAAGCGGAAACGUGGAAAUGCCUACGUUUGCUUAUUUUAUUCACAGUCAGAAUCAGAAAUUACUUCUUCUUCAGCUUGUUCUUCCUUAUUUACAUUAUAUAAAUUCUUUUUAUAUUUGUUUAAAUGAUUCUCAUUAAAACUAUAGGAUAAACAGCACUGUUUUUUUGAUUCCAAGUCUAAUUUAAUUGUAAGUAGUGCAGACAAAGUGGAUGGUAUUAUUUUAUUUAUUUUUUUUGUUUUGUAAUCAAGCAUAUAAGAAAAAGUACGCUCAACAUCAGCGUUUCCAUGAGGCAAUGUUAAAAUGAUUAGAGCCAGUUUACCUAUAUUGCGAAAUAAAUAUUCGUCAUUAAAAUUUUUGAGGUCGUUUACAAACGACCAAAAUUCAAUGACAUUACUUUUUGUUUUUAAAAUUUCCUCUUUCUCACUAGCACUAAAAUAAAUACAUAUUUUCUUUAGUUCCAAAAUUGCCUUUUCGGUUUCAAUAUGAAGAGCAAUUUUUUUUAAAACGGCGUUAUGAAAGGUAUCACCUAUAAUAAGACGAUUGUUCAUCACAUCAACCGGUGAGAGAAACUUUAGCUCUGAAAAGGAGUUGUCUUUGAUAGGAAAUCUUUUAAGGGACUCUUCUACCGAUUUUUGGUAAAAUGUGACACAUUUUAAUUUAAAUUGUUCGAUUGCCGUGUUAUUGCAGUGUUUUAUUGCAUCCAUUGUAUGCGGACUAACAUUCACUUGUUCAAUCGGUAAUAAGCAGUGGGGAUCAUUAGGAUUUAGAUUAUAUCAUUUCUCAUUUUUAAAAUAUUCUAGUCGCAUAAAGUUUGUACAUAGAUGACGUACAAAUCGCUCACUCUAUUGAUAUGAUAUUGAGCAUAACUUUCUCUGAUUGAAAGAGAGCAUUAAAUUGGUUAAAAAUGGGCAAUACGAAUUUAAAAAACAUUAAAUACGCCUUAACAAAUGGAUUCUGUAACUCAUUAAGUAUUACAUAUGCUACAGGAUUUUUGUCUUCAAUGGAAGCUAAUCUAAAUAGGCUAAGCAAGAUGUCCCAGUGAUCCAAAACUCUAUCAACACAUUUGGAUAAAGCAAGCCACCUUGUUUUACUAGGGCUUAAAAUAUUUAAUUUUGACUUUUUGAAAUAUUCCUGUAAUUCUUCAAGAACACACUGCCUUUUUGGGCUUCUUGAGAAGUAAGAAUAUAAGUUUGCUUGGAAUCCUUUCAGCUGCCGCCACCGCCACUAAAUGAGCAGAGUGGCAAAUGCAGCCAUUGACAAUUAUAUUAGGAUUAUCUUUUAAAAGAUAAGUUUUGAAAGAUUCGUUAUUGCCCAUCAUAACACUAGCGUUGUCUGAACAGUAUCCAACAAUAUUGGUAAUUUUUACUUGAUUGGAUAUAACGCAUUUUUUAAACCUUUGGCGGUACCUUCAUCUGCGUUAAUUUUAAUUAUAUCUAAUAAAUGGGUUUUAAUUGAAUUUUCAUGAAUAUACCUUACAAGAAUGCAUAGUAGUCUUGUAUUGCUCAGGUCUGUACUCUCAUCCAAUAAAAUAGAAAAUGGUUUAUUUUCCAAUUCGGAAAUUAUUUCGUCUUUAAUAACAGGAGCCAACACAUUUUUAAUUAUACUUAUGCAUUUGGAUCUUUUUAAUUUAAGUGAGAUAGAGAGAUCUGGGUCUUUAAAACAUAAUUGACUAACUCCUGUUAUAUGAUCAACAGUUCUAAAACUUAUAUAAUGACUUACAACUAAAAGACUAUAUCUUAAGCAAGCAAAUAUUUGCCGUUUUUCCAACUCACGUUCCGGAGACUGAAAAGUGCUAUCUAACGUUCUUACAUUCGAAAUUGCUUGUACAUUAGUGGCAUGCCUUUUUGAUUUCGAAUGAUUCACUAAAUCUGAUUUUUUAGCACCCAUUAUUUGAUUACAAGCUUUACAUUUUGCUUUCAACUUGUCAUUUUCAAUAGGUCCCAACCAGCCUUUAAGUAACGGAUCUUCUAGCCAUGAUGAAGUAAACAUUUGUUUUCGUGUCUUUUUCUUAACAGGUUGCUCUGGCUCUUGGUUAUCCUGAAGUCGAAUUAUCAGGCUCAGACCUGAUUCCACUAGAUUCCGCUCUUCUAUUUUGUCUGUAUUCAGGUUCGGGAUGCUCCGAGUCCGACACAGAUGCAGUCGAAGUGGAUGGUACGGCCACGUUUGGUUUCACCGUUUGUUAUUUAGAAGGAUUUUUAUCAAAAAAAUCGUUAAUGGUCUGCUGUCGCCUUUCCAUUAUUCCUAUUUUCCAGAAGAAAAAGCGUUAAAAACAAAUUUCGCGACUAAGAUUUAUGUCUGGAUCAAACUAUGAUAUGUUAGAUAUUUAAGCAGUUUUGUUACUUACCAGUAGAUUUAAUAUUAAAAUCUGCAGCAAAUGAUAUAUCAAUAAAAUGAUCAACACAAAAAUAAGAACACUAAUAUAAACGAAACUAAACAGUAUAUACCCAGAGCUGAAGAAUACAAUACAAAGCGAGAAACCUAAUAUUAUGUCUGCCUGCUGAGACCUGUUAGAAACGAUUAGUAUUGAAAGCAGUACGUACGCCAUCUGUUAUUGAAAAAAAGGCAAGUGGAAUAAUUCUCUUCUCUGUUCCUAGAUGGCUCAAGCGGCACCAAAUGCACCAAUUUUAUUAUUAAUGUGAUAAUAAAUCAGACUUUAGCCACUGCCUAUUUAGGAUUUAGAACGUUAUUAACGUUAAAACAGUGAAAUAAAUAUGAUAGUUUUGUAUGUAAUAAAUUCCGCUAAAUUUUGGGCUAAUUUGCUCUACCGCCGCUACGCCGCUCUUCUCAAAAUAAUCCGCUACAAAUAGCGGAAUUCCGCUACGUAUGGCAACACUGCCCAGGACCCUGGUUAGCAAAAAAAUGAUCAGAAGUAUAUGAAACUUUGACACUCUUGUAAUUACAUUUAUUAUGUUUUGAAAUAGCUUUUAUUUGACAAUAAACAGUUUUUAUUUAAAAA